AUGGCACUGUGGGAACCUGUACUUUUCGCAUCUCCUGCAGCAACACCCGCGUAUGUGGCGUUCGUCGAAGGUCGUGCCCGGCACCGCCUGCAUCAGUUGGAACACUUGGCGUUAAGGCAAGCCGAAGGCCGGGCAGCUGCCGUCGCACGGGAUACCACCAAGACAGCGGAGAUCUUAGGAAGAGGCGCUCUUUUGCAGCAGGACAUAAGCGAGCUCACCGAUUUUCUCGACCUGCAUCACAAAUGUAUUCGACAUGCAAAAGCGGGAAAGUUCUGCUGCGGCGAUUACCACGGCAGCCGAGACAGCUACUAUUGCUGGUUCCCGGCUGUGCGACGGAGGCCGGACUACAUAAGCGACGGCGAGGACGACAGGACCCCUGCGGGAGCAGACCGCGAGCCUCCUCUUCCCGACCACGAAGAUCUUGUUGAGCGGACGCCGGUAGAACAAGCAGAUGGAACCUUCGUGGAAACCGAAACACCGCCGGAAACACAAACACCCCCGUGGGUGAAUGCAAACAUAAACACCCCCCCGCCAAUCUUCAAACCUCCACCCAGAGAGCAGUAUCCCCAACAGGGGGUCCAUGAGGUUUGGGUGCGUCAAGAUGGCGAUCAUCCGGCUGCUUGGCUCUGCUUUCAGUCAACUCCCUUCCUCGACAAUACGACGGCGACUACAUACGGAGAUGAUGGACCUCGUCUCUACUGCCUGCAGAAUGUCAGCCUCUCAAUCGCACAAGACCAGCUCCGCAUGUGGAUCGCUGCGGUGCGCAGACUGUCGUCCCGGUCGCAGCACGGCGGCCUGGCGAACUUUCCGGACGAACUUUUUCGCAAAGUGCAUGCGUUUCUUGGGCCCCUGGGGACCGCGCUCUCCAACCGCGACUACCUGGCUUCGGUUGCCGUUGAAAAGCGCCGCAAGGAUGUCGAGGGGCUUCUCGACUUGGUAGUGGCUCAGAACCUCGACAUCUCGCCGGUCCCGGGUUACGGGAGGACAGUCCUUUCGGGGGGCUUGUUUUGGUCCAGUGAGGGCGUCCGGUCGCAAUUGUGGCAAAGCCGUGCGAACUCGAGGCUGAUUGCCAAACUUGGCGACAAAACGGUCAAGCUGGAAGGGAUUAGUAUGUGGCCGUCACCGCGGGAGAAAGCAAUCGCCAGGAGUAGUGCGUGGGACAAGGAACGGCUGAGCGACGAGCUGGCUCCGCGGGCCACGAAAGUUCGGCCAGGCAUGAGUGGGGCAACCUUCGGCGCCGUUGAGAUUAUCACGCAAAAUUACUUCGAAAAAAAGGGCUUUGCGUUUGAAUUCGAGCGAUUGUAUGGCGAAGGAUACGAGGAUGAGGACUCCACAUCAGGAUUAGAGUUCAAGGCUUUUUUUUGA